AAUGGAUCGCCAAAAGCCUCUUGCCGGCUUGCUCAUUCUGUCUCUUUCCUUCUUCGUGCCAUUUGCACAACCUGGUCAGAUACGUUGCUUUGGAUCCACUGCUACGCAGCAGCUAUUCCUGCCUCCACCGCUCCACCAAUCCUACCCCUUUUUGCGUCUUCCUCAGGUUAGAACCGAUACCUUACCUUUAGAUCUUCUAGUUACAGUCCAGCUCUCGCAUGCACCAGUGCCCCCUCCCACUUCCUUGGCGUGCUCCCAAUGCCGGAGUCACCCACGUCCCCGACCAAGCCCCCCUCGCCGCCGGGAUCGCCGGCCAAUACAGCCACGCCGUCCGCGGCCUCGGCGCUGCUGCGAAUCGCCGUGCUGUCCAUCGCUUUCCUAGCGGUCCAGCUCAUGCUCUUCAAGAACCUCCACAGAUUCCCGACCACGCGGUUCCUCCCACCCCCGGCACGCUGCAACAGCACCUGGGCUAACGGCGAGGUUGAGCCCGGCGCGUGCGAGGCCGGGAUCAUCUACGUCUACGACCUCCCGCUGGAGUUCAACCAUGACCUCGUCACGCACUGCGAGCGCCUUUGUCCGUGGUACUCGUUCUGCCCGUAUCUGACCGAUGGCGGCUUGGGCCGUCCGGCCGCCACGGUGCCGGGCUUCUCCGCCAUCGUGCCCAACGCGUCGAUGCCCAGCUGGUACAACACCGACCAGUUCCCUCUGGAGGUCAUCAUCCACCGCCGCCUCCUCUCCCACCGGUGCCGCACCACCGACCCGUCGCUCGCGGACGCGUUCUACGUGCCCUUCUACGCCGGCCUCGACGUCGGCAGCCACCUGUGGGGCCUCAACGCCACCGUUGCCGACCGUGACCGCGCCGGCACACGGCUCCUGGAGUGGCUCACGAACCAGACGUCCUUCAAGAAAUCCGGCGGGUGGGAUCACUUCAUCACGCUGGGGCGCAUCACGUGGGACUUCCGUCGGUACUACGACGACGGGUGGGGCACCAACUUCGCGAUCAGGCCCGGGAUGGCCAACGUCACCCGCCUCGUCAUCGAGGCCGACCGGCUUGACCCCCUGGACGUCGGCGUCCCGUACCCGACUGGCUUCCACCCGCGCACCGCCGCCGACGUGCGCGCGUGGCAGCGGCACGUGCUGGCCCUCAACCGCACCAACCUCUUCGGGUUCGCCGGCGCCCAGAGGUCCGGGUUCAAGGACGACUUCAGGGAUGUGUUGUUGGAGGAGUGCGAGGACGCCGGGAGAGCGCACUGCCGCUCCGUGGACUGCAGCGGCACCAAGUGCAAUGACAAUGCCACGACGGUGAUGAACCUGUUCCUUGAUUCCAGGUUCUGCCUGCAGCCGCGCGGGGACAGCUACACGCGGCGGUCCCUGUUCGACUGCAUGGUGGCCGGGGCCGUGCCGGUGCUGUUCUGGCGGAGGACGGCGUACGACCAGUACCGGUGGUUCCUGCCGGUUGGCGAGCGGGGGAAGGAGAGGGAGUGGUCGGUGUUCAUGGACCGGCAGGCGCUGCGUGUGGGCAACGUGAGCGUGCUGGAUGUUCUGCAGGGGUUCAGCGAGCAGCAGGUCCGGCGGAUGCGGGAGCGCGUCGUGGAGAUGAUCCCCAGGCUGGUGUACGGCUCGUCGUCCGACGGGCUCGGCGACGGCAUGGAGGACGCGCUGGACGUGGCCCUGAGUGGCGUGCUCAAGCGGUUCCGCCGGCGCCGGCGGAGCAUUGCGCGUGAAGAAGAGGGCCCUCCUGCUCCUCUGGUCGCUCGACGCGUCAACAGCACAUCGACGACGCCUCCUGCUUCCAACGGCAACAAUAGGCAGGUGAUCCGGCGGGGGCGCCGCCGAUACGUCUCACGGGACAGAUCGAGGAGGGCGUUUUGGCCACACAUAAGAACCGUCAUCCCCCCAGCACCGGCAUCAGGACGCCAAAGCUUGCAAACAUCAUGACCGGGCCAAAAAUACUUGUUUUCGAUCACCAGGUGAACAAAGCUUGAAGCAUGCAUUUAAAAAUGCUUGGAGGCAUCGCCGAAAUUUCGGAUCGUGGAGCGGUCUUGGGGUCAAACCUGCGAGAGGUGAUUUGCGGAGUGGCUGUUCAUACUACUGUACUAUACAAUGUGGUAAGCGCAUCGAUCGGAUGUACUGCUGCCAGCCCAUGGUUUAGGUAAUGGUUAGCUCUCGCAGAUUAGUUUACUGUGACGGUGAUACGGUCGAUGCAUCGGUGUUUAUUGCAGUUGACCAUGAGAUGGAUUCGUUGCAGGUUCUAGACGGUGGGGGUCAGGACCUGACUGACAGUAAUGUAAUUUUAUACUUAGCACACAUCUUGAGGAAAAGUAUACUCUGUUAAUUUCCUUUUUGAAUUCGAAAUAUACUCAGUUACGUAA